AUUUCCAGAAUUUCCAGAAUUCAAUCAAAUAAUCCACUCUUUAUAUAUUUAUAUGGCUCUCAACAAUGAUCUUUCCGUCAUCCUCCCUCGUGUUCUUAUCGUCUCUAGACGUAGCGUUCGCAAGAACAAAUUUGUAGAUUUUGUUGGUGAAUAUCAUCUUGAUCUUAUAGUCACCUACGGUGCAGUUCCUGUGAUUGUUCCACGAGUUAGUGGGGUUCAUAUGUUAUUGGAUAGUUUCGAGCCAAUCCAUGGUGUUCUUCUCUGUGAAGGAGAAGAUAUUGAUCCGUCUUUAUAUGAAACCGAAAUAUCCGGCCUUUGGCCUGAAGAAGUUGAAGAAAUCAGGAGACUGCAUGCAAGUGAUACGGCCGUCGAUAAAGAGAAAGAUUCGAUCGAGUUAAGGCUAGCAAAGCUUUGCCUUGAAAGGAACAUUCCUUAUCUGGGAAUUUGCAGGGGUUCACAGGUUUUAAACGUUGCUUGCGGUGGUACCCUUUAUCAAGAUAUCGACAAAGAAUUGACAAGGAAAUUACCGGAAAAUCAAAGGGUAGUCCACAUGGAUUAUGAUAAUUACGAUGGGCAUAGACAUUCGGUGAGAGUAGUGGAGAAUACCCCUUUGCAGUGCUGGUUUAAGGAUUCUUUGGAAGAAGGGAAAAUGGAUAUUCUUGUCAAUAGUUAUCAUCAUCAAGGUGUAAAGCGAUUGGCACAACGAUUUGUGCCGAUGGCUUUUGCACCGGAUGGCUUGAUCGAAGGAUUCUAUGAUCCAGAUGCCUAUAAUCCAGAAGAGGGUAAAUUUAUAAUGGGACUUCAAUUUCAUCCUGAGAGAAUGAGGCGACCUGAAUCUGAAGAAUUUGAUUAUCCAGGAUUCCCAUCUGCUUAUCAGGAAUUUGUGAAGGCUGUAAUUGCAUAUCAGAAGAAACUCAAUAGCUCGACAUCUUUGCCAAAGCCAUUGAAGCUUAACAAGGAAAUGGAGAACAAGAGGAAAGUCAUAGUCCGAAGCUUCUCACUUGCAAAGAAUUUAUACACUGCAGGAAACGAGAUGCAUCCUUCUAAAGAAUCUGAACUUGAAGCUGGUGCAGAAUUUUUGGAGUCAAACACAGCUCUUAGUGUGCAGCAAGAGAUUAGGCUGAAGCAGAUGGGAGCAACAGUGAGAAACGGGAGCCAUUACAUUGAGAAACUGAAGUUAAACGAAGAAAGGGAAAAAUUGGCUAGAAAUGUAAUGGGGAAGAUGUCGGUUGAACAAUUAUCUGAUCUAAUGUCAUUCUACCACAUGAUGGGGCAGAUCUGCUCUGAAGUUUUGGAAAGGAAACUAAAUGGCAUCAUAAAUGACAAUGGCUGCUAGUUGUUGUGGUUCUUCUGGUGAGGGUAGCAUCUGGCUUUAUUGUCAAUAAAAAAU